AUGACAGCCCCCGACGUAGAGGCCCAAAAGCGAGCCGACACCAUCCAACCAACCUCAACACAAGGCCACUCCGAAGCCUUUGAAGAAACCAAGCCCGACCUCGAGCAACAACACAUCGGCACACUCGAGCGGAAACUCAAAUCCCGCCAUGUUCAAUUCCUAGCCCUCUCCGGCGCCAUCGGCACCGGCCUCUUCGUCGGCAGCGGCCAAGUCCUCUCGCUGGCUGGCCCCUUAUCAGCAUUCAUGUGCUACGCCAUCACCGGCUUCAACCUCUACUGCGUGAUCAACAGUCUCGGCGAGAUGGCCGCCUGGCUGCCCAUCCCCGGCGCUGUGCCCAUCUUCGCCGCCCGCUAUGUUGAUCCUGCCCUCGGAUUCACACUCGGCUGGAAUUACUGGUACCAAUUUGCCAUUGGGGUUCCCAUUGAAGUGACCGUCUGCGGCGUCAUCAUCGACUACUGGCACAACUCCGUCCCGAAAGCCGCCCUCAUAACCAUCUUUUUCGCGACAAUGGUCCUUGUGAACUGUCUCCCGGUACGAAUCUACGGCGAAGCAGAGUUUGUAUUCGGCGCCAUCAAACUCACCACCAUUGUCGGCCUCAUCCUCCUCAUGUUCAUCAUCACCGUGGGAGGCUCCCCCAACGGCGACGCCAUCGGCUUUCGAUACUGGAACGACCCGGGCCCCAUGAACACGUACCUCAAGGACGGAGCGCUAGGCCGCUUCCUCGCCUUCUGGAAGGUCUUUAUCCAGGCGACUUUUUCCUACGGCGGCAGCGAGAUGGUUGUCGUUGCGUCCGGCGAGACGGAAAACCCGCGCCGCAACAUCCCCAAAGCCAUCCGCCGUGUCUUCUGGCGCAUCGCCAUCUUCUACGUCCUGUCCAUCUUCCUCGUCGGCCUGUGCGUCUCGUCCAAGGACCCCAAUCUCCUCAACGCAAUCAGCAGUUCGGCCCCCGGCGCCGCACAAUCCCCCUUUGUCAUUGCCAUCCAAAACGCCGGCAUCAAGACCCUGCCGUCCAUCAUCAACGCCGUCAUCCUCACGUCGGCCUGGUCCGCCGGGAACUCGUUCUUCUACGCGUCGACCCGUGUUCUCUACGCGGCUGCGCUGGACGGUAAAGCGCCUGCCAUCCUGAAGUGGGAAAGGUUUGGUGUUCCCUAUGGGUGUGUGGCUGCCACCACCGCGCUCAGCUGUCUCGUGUACUUGAAUGUGAAUAAUCGUUCUGCAGAGGUGUUCUUCUGGAUCAGCAAUCUCAGCGCAGUGAGCACCCUUAUCGUAUGGGCGAGCGUGUGCUACACCUACCUCCGCUUCUACUAUGGUCUUCGGCAUCAGGGCGUGUCGAGGGAUACGUUGCCUUACAAGUCACCGCUGCAGCCGUACCUGGCAUACUUUUCCAUUGUGUUUUGUCUGGUUGUCGCGCUGUUUAACGGUUUUGACGCCUUCUUCCCGGGCCGGUUCAGCGCAAAGACCUUUGUGCCGCCCUAUAUUGAUAUUCCCAUCUUCUUGACCCUGUUUCUGGGCUACAAGCUUGUCAAGAGGACCCGGUUUGUCAAGCUGGCAGAGAUGGAUCUCUGGUCCGGCAAAGCCGAGAUUGAUCGCCUCGAGGGAACUUGGAAGGUGGUGAAGCCGAGGAACUGGUUAGAGAGGAUAUGGUUUUGGAUUGCCUAA